CUGUUGGCAUAUUUGACAGGUUCUUAAAGCAUUUAUCAAUGUCAGGUCUGCGUUCUAAUUGCUUUUACAGCUACACCAGUUAGUUAGCAGACACGAUUAUAAAGAGAAGGCACACACGUAGGCUCCUUACACAUAGACACCGCAGUUGUUCAAGUGCAUACCGUAGUUACCUACAGUAGCUGGUCAUAUAAAUGAGCGUCGCUUACACAAACGAAGGACUCAGUGGAUGCAAAAAGGACAUUUGUUUUCCAAUGAACACCAAUCCAUUUUCAAUUGAAAGAAUAUUAAAAAAGAACACACCGCAGCCCUCAAUCGAAGGUUGUCAUAGCUCGGAGGCCAAGCCGGAAUCUUCGAGAUCAACUGAAGCACUAUCCCUGGCGGUAAAACUAGCCGGUAAGUUGUCAUAAGUUGGGAUGUUUCGAAAAACAACCCUUGCAUUGAGUACACGUUCGAAGACAGUUUUGUGGACCAGGUCUUGUAGCCAUUUAAUAAAUACGUUAGGCUCACUCUGAAAUUGACGACACCGGCAUGCUGUUGUUUUAUUGAAGAACCAACAAAUAUGCAUGCAAACCUCCUAUAUGGCUAUAAAAUAACGAUUAGAUAAAUCUAGAGAGCAGUAUGGAUCUGUAAUUGCAAACGAGAUCGACAAUCGCAAAGUAAACAAAUGUUGUUUUUGUAUAACAACGUACCUCAUUUGUACUUAAGUUGUCUGCCUCAUAUACAGUACCAUAAAACAAGUUGAUGCGCAUUUGCUUUAAUACGAUACUUUCAUCGCAGUGAAAAACAAUUUACACUUGCAAAAUUGAAUCAGGCGUGAUUAAAGGUAUGCAGCAGGAAAAGGCUGAAAAAAAAAAAUAGAUACAACUGCAUUUUUUGAGGGCCACUAGCUCAUCAGUUUUUAAAUAAAAAUGUUAUCUUACCUUACCUUACUGCAUGUACCAAACUUUCAUUUCGUAUAUUUUUGUAUAUAUUUGAUCCCUCUCCGAAAAACAGACACAAAUAGUGUUACGCUUCUCUACAGGUGCCUCUCAGUUCAAAGGAUUAUUUUCGUAGUGCUGGAAUUGAAAGAACGUGGACUCCGUUUUUUGUAAGCUUACUUCCUUUAGUGUUUCUGAAAGGAUUUUUAGGUAUCUAGAGACAGUAAAAGUCGCAUCAACAAAAUGGCAAUAGCCGUGACCGUCUUUAAGGCGUGGUUAAUUAUAGUUUGGAUUAAAAACAUUGAAACCUUAUCAAUCAAUCCAUCCUAAGUGGCAUCUCUCGAACGACGUGAGAUUGAAAGCGGAGUGUUAAACUAAACAAGUUAACAAGGAGCGGAUAGUUUAAUGUACAAUCCUGACAUCUCGUUCUUUGAAUGAGCUUGACGAUUCUACCUCUUCGUCAGCUGAAUAAAAUUACACCUCCAUAAGACGAGGUGAGAUAGGAGAAUUCACUAAAGAAUUUCUUGGGAAAUUGAAGCUAAAACAUCUGUCAUCUGGUAUUUGAAUACAAAAUGGGGGGAAAUUCCAGCGAAGCCGUUUAAGACUUACGAAAUAUGAACACACUGGAAACGUGGUGCAAUGCUUUAACAAUGGAUGAAAAAAACAAAUUUAACUAAAUAUGAUUUACUCAUAACGUGUGCCAAACUUUUCAGUAUUUAUCUGAGAGCUUAUCUAUUUAACUAAAUUGCCAUCUCCGAUCAACCUGGCGCCAACAAAGUCUGGAAAAUGGCGAUAAAGAAGAAGACGACUUCAAGAUCACCAAACUCUUGUCAGUUUACGCAAAAAAGCCAGAUCAAAGGAAAUAACUAUUGACAUCUGAGGUUUUUCGUGACCCACGAACUUGGUUCGGACCAUAGAAUCUGCCAUUCACGUCAACGCAAGCCUUGAAUACUGAUACGACGUUCUAUGGAGAAAUUAAUACAGUGUCCAGUCUGUAAAUUUUCCACCCAAGGAGAUUAGAAAAACAAAUCAAUUUUGCCGUCAGGACCUCCCUGAAAACCAACCCGGUGAGAGAAGCGUCCUAACGGAAGAUCAACAUAUUAUUUUUCGUUAUUGCUCCUUUUUACGUACACGAAAAAGAUGGCGUUGUUCAUUUUCCGUCCCAAUAUCGAGUCACAUCCAGCAAUUUUUCUAAGAUGUUAAUGCAAACGUAUUGUUAUUCAUACUUGUUAAUAAGUUCAAGGACAAGCUCCUCUUUUCUUACAACCUGAUAUGCUAUCUGUUUCAUUUUGCAUUUCUUUCAGUAACUGUAAAGGAACAAUAAUGAUUUUAAGGUGGCUCGCCCCAGUUUGCCGCAUUUUUUCAGGGCGUAGAUUUUGACCGAACAAUAAUGUCAACACCGCUGUUGCUGUAAUCCCAGCAUUAAUCAGUGUUGCUGAACAAGUUAUGGUCAUUUACCAGGAGAUGAGCUACCGCAGCAACAGUGUACUUUGUAAAAUGCCCUUAAAAAUAGUGUUUCUUCAAAAACAAGUUCGAUAACACACUUUUAUGUCGCAGAUUUUCGAUCAGUAUGUCAGAAUCUAUUUCGAUCUUUCUCUCUCGCUCUCUCAUACUUUGCCUUUCUCUUUAAAAGGAGUUUUGUAGCCAACUCUAUCAACUUUCUUUUGCCUGGAAUUGUGGCUUGCUAACUUUUUAGGAAAGGGACAAAUUUAAUCUCCAAUGAGUAGUAUAGGAAAACAGCAAAAUUGGCAAUGGAUUUUCCCCAAAAUGUCAUUUUUUGUGAGUGUAACUGUUAGGAUUAGUCAAAAUAUCCAAAACGAAGUAUCGGUGGAAAGAUCUAUCUUUACUGACAUUGUUGCUUACCAACUUAUUAGUUUAAAAGGAACGCUAAACGGCUCUACGAAGGAAACAUGCAUCUUUUCAUAUGGAACCAAAACGUCCAAACCCGUCGUCGUUAAACUUUACCAUUCACACCCGUCGAAAGUGAGUGAAGGAAAGAAGAAAGGAAGGAAGGAAAGAAAAGAAAAGAAAAGAAAAAAAGGAAAGAAAGAAAUUAACUUGAUUGAUUCAAGUCUAUACAAGGUUCUUGGUGUAGAAGAAGCUGAGAAUUUAGUAAAGUUGUUCAGGCUAAAAAAAGCUUAAAACGAAGAACAGUUUCACAUUGCAUCACACCUAACGACGCGAAAAUGGUGCUGGCCAUAAGGCGCCUGGGUAGGACAAAAUCAUUGAUCAAGAAAGCGUCUGACAGUGGAACGGUGUGUCCCACAGACUCCAUGAUGGCAUAUUAGUGCUAACAGAAAGCGUCAAAUAGAACGAAAAAUGGAAAUCGGCCCCAACCAAAGCGAUUUGCGCCCUAAGCAAAAUAUACUAGCAAUUCUCAAGAAUAAGGGUAGGGAAGGAAAUGAUGGGUUAUAUUGGUUGUUUACCAUUUACACGGUCAAACCGGUCGGUUCACGGAGUGAGCAAAAUUCAGGACUGGUAAAUUUCAUUCCGUAAUCGCGUUUACCAUUUGCACAAAUCAAUUCCUUUUACUGAUAAACCACCCCGAAAGCCUGAAACUGAAAUCAAAGAUGGGUUUGAACAAAUGAAACACGACCGGGAAAACAGGAUUACCUUUUCAGAUAUUCCGUUGCUCCCGGAAAUGUUCUUUUAGGACGACUCAAAAAGCCAUGUUCCCUUUGCUUUCCCACCGGAUUUCCCGGAAACCUUUUUGUAAGUGAUAAACAACCAUCAUUCAUUUGUUUAAGGAAAAAUGACUGACUAUUAAUCUUAUUACCUGAAUUUUAGAUGUGAUUUUGGAAGCUCGGCAGGAAAAAACUCGUCGCACCCCAAGACGCACGCGUACAGCUUUUACGCAUCAACAGCUGGGAAUCCUCGAGAAAGCCUUCAGCAAAACGCAUUACCCAGAUGUAGAAAUGAGAGAACAACUUGCUGAAAAGACCAACCUCCAGGAGGGGAGAAUUCAGGUAUAAUGAACUGAAUAUUAAAUCAACAAAACAACAAACAAACAAACACAGAAAAACAACACGUUACAUAAAUUAAUGACACUCCUGCACUGUUAAAAAAGUGCUAUUAAACCGUGCGUUUAGCCAUAAUUAAGAUGCUGGGUUUGUACCUUUUUUAUUGGACCAAGACGUCAAGGACUUAUCAAGGACUUUUAGAAAUUUUAGGGUCGGUCGCGUCUUAAGAAAUUAUUGGACUUCCAGAUCUUCCUAAGUGGGUCAAGUUAAUUUAAGAAGAUAAAUGUUUCUCUGAUUAGUCUACCAUAUAUACUUUCAUAAACCUGUUCACGAUAAACUGAGUUGAGCUAAAUUAAAGCGUAGGGCCGACUGAAAAUUGCUUAAAACGCGGUUUUUUAAACGCUGGCUAAACUCUCUUAAAAAAACCGGCACCUAGAGUUCUGUCUUGUUGCCAUUCUAGAAGAUCAAACGAAUUAAAUGUUUAUACAGCAAUUUUUGUCAAUUUCCAACUUCACAAAAGAUCCAAUAUAAUUAACGAAAGACAAAAACAUUUGCUAGUCUUAUAAAAAGCUUAAAUAUUGACCGUUGACCGUAAAAGCUGACAGGUCCGGCUGUUUGAGACUCUCUAUAUUGGAAUAGCUUCUCCAUCAAAGUAAGGUCAGGAAUUUAUGUUUACUGGAAAUUUAUUCUUUUCUCUUGCGUUUUAGGUGUGGUUUAAAAAUCGACGUGCCAAGUAUCGUAAAGAGAUAAGGACGUAUUUUCUUCCCGAAAGCUACGAAAGUGAUGAGGAACACAUGACAAACUUCUGCCCAAUGACAACGGUACAUGGCACCCAAGGGCCUUCAUCAUGUUUUCAGUACAACACAGUUCCCUGUUAUUAUAAUUUGAGCGAUUCUCUGGAACCACUGACUUCUUUUGGAUGUACUUCGCCCAUGUACACGCAUGCGCAGUUGUCCGCACAAAGUCAGUUAGCGCAUGCCCAUGGACCUCACGGCUGGAAGCCAAUCAGUAAUAUGGCAAUUGAUCAUGUACGUUUGGGAGAAAUGUGGCUGCCAUGA